UUUCUUUUGACGGUCACCCCUAUCGUCAGUCAAGAAAUUGUCCGGUUAAAUAACGUCCAAUGCAUUCGGACGGUGGUUAUGUUUUAGUUUUUAGGGCUAAACAAACGAGGGCGAGACAAAGAAAUAAUUCUGGGAUGUUGGGACGACAACAUAAGAGAACAGGUUAAUGACAGUGCGUGUAGAUCUAAUAUUUCAUCGGAAGGUGUCUGUCUUCUUCCUCUGACACAAUAUGAAUCAUAGAUGGGGCCCAAAUAUCUGGGUGAAAAUAGACAGGGCGUCUUCUAUAUGCCAGACUGAUUCUCGCAGGUCAGCGGCUUUACUGCUCUUGUUUGGCACCUCCUCCUGUAGGAUCCAUGUGCAUCAACCUGUUGGCUACCUCAGCUUGAGGCACUUCCAUCAUCUGAAGGCCAGAGGCAGGAAGGCAUGGAUUUUUAAAGCCAGCCAGGUUAGGCAGCGACUUGGACUUCACACCAGCUCCCUGUGUUUGAAUACUUCAGCUUCCAGGUGGCCUCCAGGUCUGAGCCAGCACAUGUCGCGGGUCAGGAGUACUUUGGACACAGUUUCAAAGGCUGUAAGUGGGAGGCAUACACAGCUUCUGUCCAAAAUCUCUCGCCUGAAACCAAAGGAAGAGACACAGUUCCUGGCCAGUGUUGAAUCUACAGCAAAACCUGAGGAAAAGGCAAUCACCCCCACUCCUGCUCCCACUGUAUCCACUACACCCAGUUCUUCUGCACGCGCUGCAUUUGAUGGGAAGAGCACUGCUUCCACUACUCACGCUGGUUCUGCUCAAGUGACUGUCACCCCUGUGAUUGUCACUGUGCGUGACGUUGGUAAUAAAAAGCUGAGACAAGUUUCUCCCACUGUCAAAGCUACAAAUAAACAGCAUGAUGAGGAUCUUCCUGCACCUCAGAGUAACAAUGGGAACAAAACCACUACUUCCAAAGAAACUCCAGGACUUUUCCAUCCUAGCGCAUUUUCAGCCAACCUAGAUGAGACCUACAGCUACUUGUCUCAUCACAUCAACUCUUACUUUGGCAGCGGAGCAAAGACUCAGGACAAGAAAGGCGACAAUGCCAACAACAGCCCACCUGCCUCUCAGCCUCAGCAACCCUCCGACCUCAUACCUGUGUCCGAUAAGGCCGACCCUGCCGCUUCGGUCACCCCGCCGUCCUCCAAGAAGAGUUUGGGACAGUACCUGUCCUAUUCCGCUCCCACUGUGCAGGCGUUUGUUGGGAACUACAUUGCUCCUCUUGUCCCUAAAUUCAGAGAGUCUAAAAGCACCACAGAGGAGAAGAAGAAACCUGAGGCUGUGACGGUGAAACCGACUGAAAGCCCGAUUAGCAGAGAGCAGACUGCUGCAGAGGAGAAGGCCAAGAAACUUCUGCUCCAACGGGAGAAGAUCAUAGCCAGGGUGAGUGUGGACAACCGCACCCGGGCUCUGGUCCAGGCUCUCCACAGAGCAUCAGACGUCAGGGUCUACAUCAGCAGGGUGGAGGACUUAAGUUACCAUCUGCUGGAGUUUCCAGAGACCCGUGGUGUAGCGGUCAAGGAGAAGGUCAUUCCUUGUCUGCUGCGUUUAGAGCAGGCCAACGACCCGGGCUUAAGGGCUGCAGUCAGAGAAGCUCUUGCCUUGGUUGGCUAUAAUAAACCUGUAAAAGGCCGUGGGAUACGAAUCCUGUCCAUAGACGGAGGAGGUUUACGGGGAGUUCUUGCCCUUCAGACCUUGCAGAAGCUGGAAGCCCUGACUGGCAAACCCAUCUAUGAACUAUUUGACUAUAUUUGUGGUGUCAGCACAGGAGCUGUCAUAGGGUUCAUGCUGGGCGUGAUCCAAAUCCCUGUGAAAGAGUGCGAUGAUCUGUACCGGAGGCUGGGUUCAGACGUUUUCAAGCAGAACGUGAUUUUAGGCACCGUGAAGAUGGGCUGGAGCCACGCUUUCUAUGACAGCGAAGCGUGGGAGAACAUCCUCAAGGAGAAAGUGGGCUCCCACAUCUUAGUGGAGACGUCAAGAAAUCCUGAUUGCCCCAAGGUGGCAGCUGUGAGUACCAUUGUGAACCAGGGGCUUCCUCUGAAGGCGCACGUCUUCAGGAACUACAACCUGCUGCCCGGGGUGCGCUCCCACUACCUGGGGGGCUGCCAGUACCAGCUAUGGCAGGCCAUCCGUGCCACGUCAGCAGCCCCCGGAUACUUCCAGGAGUUCAAACUGGGAAAUGAUCUCCACCAGGAUGGGGGUCUGCUGAUGAACAACCCAACAGCGCUCGCAAUCCACGAGUCAAAGUGUUUGUGGCCCGACACGCCGCUGGAGUGUGUCGUUUCGCUCGGCACCGGGCGCAUCGAAACCGCCGGCAAGACCAGCGUCACUUACACAAGCCUCAAAACGAAACUCACAAACGUCAUCAGCAGUGCCACGGACACCGAGGAGGUUCACGCCAUGCUGGACGCCUUCCUCCCUCCCGACACCUACUUCCGCUUCAACCCCUUCGUGAACGAAGAAGUCCCCAUGGACGAAAGCCGGCUUGAGAAGCUCAACCUGCUGCAGGCCGAGGGCCUCCGUUACCUGGAGCGGAAUGAGGAAAAGCUGAGGAAGGUCGCGCGCAUCCUCACCCGAGAGAAAAGCUCCAUCCAGAGGGCGACCGAGUGGGCCAGGCUCAGGGCUCACAUGUACAGCGGCCUGUCCUCAAAGCUGUAGAAUCAAAGGGAAGUGACUUUUCCCAGCCCAAAUCCUCCACGCAAUCUACAUUUAACAUCACGUCAUGUUACCGUGGUUACUGGAGUGUAGUUAAUGUCUUUUUUUUUUUUUUUUUGACCAGUAGCUGCAAAAAAAAAAAAGAGUGUGAGAUGCAUAUAAAAUGCCAAACGCCUUCUGUACUCACCAAUACUUUGACAGAUAUUUUUACUGUUGAUGUGCCAACAGCUCUAGCACGUCCCACAUAGGCACUUUUUACUGCCAACAACUUUGGCAGGGAGCAUUUAUCUGGUUACUACGUGUGUAUCACUGAUUAAGCGUGAUUUUUAAAUAAAAAAUUGGAAGUUUGAGGAAAUCCUCAAAUACAAAUCAGAGCAACACUUCCAAUAGGUUUUAGAGGCGCUGCGCCUGUUGACUUCCGUCCUUAAAUUAGCGUAAGUGAUAUGAAGCCAAGGCCACCAGAGAAUUGGCUUCAAUUAAAAUAAAAACUUGAUUACAUUUAAAGCAUAGAAAUUACAAAGCUUGAUAGUUUUAUGCCUUUUGGGUGUCGUUGCUAAAUUACACUAAUAUCCCUUGUUGCAAAUUUUGCAAAAGAAUAAUUAAGCUACUUCUGCACAGUCUCAUCUUACAGUUGAAUAAAGCAUCUAAAGCACAUGUUUAUAUUAACAGCGUCAUAUAAUUUUAGCAGUAUUUUACAUGAGCACUUUUUAAUUAUUGGCUUUCUUUUGAAAUGUCCUGUUUAUUAAAAGUAACCUGCCAAUACUGAUUUUUAGCUCACUCCAAUUUCUCUUCCAAUAGCUUAAUUACCACCGUUCAAAAUACUUUUUUAGGCUUCCAGCAUUGAGCAGUUAUUAAAUAUUGAUAUUUCAGCAGCAGAGGUUUUUAUUUAAAGUAUACAAGCUGAAGAGCAGUUGCUAUAAAGUAGGAUCAUACUAAUUUAAAACAACAUUGUUUUAGGUUGUCAAAUGUUGGUUAGCAUUGUUUAUUAGUGACUGCCAUGGUAUUCAUUAGUAAACCAGCACUUGCUGUGUCUACUUCCUUUAAAAAUAUAUAUAUGGUUACUUUAAAGUUUACAAAAGGCUGCUAACAUUUCCAAAUGCAUGUUCCAUGCAUUUGACAGGCCGAGAGCUCAAAGGUAUCAAACCAAGCUUCUCCUUUGGUUGAGCACAACUAACCAACAUCAACCGUCGUAGCAUCCUCCCCAGAAACUUUCCUCUCCGUCUGAACACCUUUUGUGCUUCAUAUGACUUAAUUGUUCCCUCUAUAACAACCUCAACACAGAAGAGUGUUGCCGGUGGUGCAAAUUAGCAGCAUGUGGUGCCAUUCGCUGCUCAGAAAAACAUUGGAAUUUUGAUUCUCUUGACUGAAAUGGGCCAUUUCUGGUAACUAGCCAAUUUCCUGGUGCAGCUGUAUUUCAGAUAAUCCUUUAUGAAGGUAAAUACACAAACCUGUGUUGGUGAUCACUCAGAAUGUUUUGUGUGAUGUUUUAUGUGUCAAGAAAUGGCUCGUUUCGUUAUAACUGUAACUACCUUUCAUUUUUGUGAAAGACAGUCAGGGUCAAGCUGAGGUCCUAUGCUGCAGGUGACAUUUCCCAGUUGAAGUCACAAAAAUUUGCACAAUGCAGCUAUGGGUAAAUCGUGUGUGUGACACAAAUAGUAGACGAGGGUCAACCUCAGGCAUUACAAGUAUUACAAAGGUGUUUCUAAUAUAAAUAAGACGCUGUAUAGAGAAUAUAAAUCACAGAUAUGUUAUUUAACAGAGAUCCAAAGCAAGUCUAACUGUCCUAUUGUUGUCAUGUUGUUUUAACUUUAGAGUAUUUAAAGUUGUUUCAUUCACUUUUCUAUUGACCGGGUGUUUGGUUCUGCUUACAUGUUGUGCUGUCUUCAACUUGCCCUUUUUUCUUUGAUGCCUCUCUCGCUUCUCAUCGAGCUUUGUCGCAGUUUCUUCUCUCCCGUACUGUAACGUUUUCUGAAAUGAUGCAGCUUGUAUUUGAAGGAUUGUAUUAAAACAGAUGUUGUUUUUUUUUGUUCUGCUGUUAUUGAUUUGACACAGAAGAAAAAUGGGACUCUUCUGUUUGCCGCUGUAUAAACAGCAGUCGUCCAUUUCCAGACCCAACCAGUUCAAGCACUGUGUAACCGACGGGAGUCACUCCCUGAGGGACCCUGAAGUAAGAUGGCUACUGAUACCGUCCUAAUUGUUUUAAUUUUACCGUCCAUCUCGUGUUGGUCCACUGUAAAUACUGUUUGAGAAUAUAAUUAAAACACAUCAUUGAACCAUAA